AUGAGCAACAAUACCCAAGAGAGAACCGCUAUUCUUUUCCAGGAUACAGAUAUCUACCUCCUCGACAUUCCACACUCAAUUGCACUCGCGCAAGAAGGGAGGCCACCACAACACCAACAACCAGCCCCAGAAUCAAGUUCAGCCACAGAAAAGAGCACACACAGAAAGACACUGAACCUACUUUCAUGCCUACCUAUAAAAGAGCCAUUCCCCUCUACUGAGCCCAAAACGCCAGCUGCUCUCGCUAAGGUCCUCAAAACCAUUCCUAUUUCUGAGAGGCGGUUCCACUCGGAACUGAUACUGCCACUCGUGAGGGAUUCUUUAGAAACCAUCAAGGCCAAGUUUCCCGAUAUUCGUCGAUGGUGCGAGGCUCGAGCAGUGCCCAAUGAAUCUCACGAUAGCACAACACCAAGUGAGCAUCCACGGAAGAGGCGGAGAGGAAACGAUUAUACGUGCUUAAAGUCUGUGUCAGAUGACCAGGCUUCGAGUAAAAAUGAACCACCAAUGAUUCUAUCGACUACCUCACCGAACGACUUUGAGUCCUUGUCAGAUCUCGCCAUUGUCAAGAACCCAUCACCAGAGCCCGCAAUCAUCAGGGUUGGAAGCUCGCACCAUGGUGAAACGGACUCUCAUCUGUGCGAAUAUAUGGUCCCACCUGAGUCAGGCUUUGUGCUUUGUACAUUGCCUCUAUUCCAAGCUGAAGUAGAUCGUCCGUCUAUAUCCAAUAACUACCCCAUCCCUGGGCUUCCCCAGUACCAGAAAUUCAAUCUCAUUCUCAUGGACCCGCCUUGGCCAAACAAAUCCGUGCGACGCAGCAAGCACUAUCAAACACAUCACUAUUUCGAGAUGGAUGUGCUUACUGAGGGAUUAAGAGAUAUACUGCGUGUACACUCGCACGACCUUGAAACAAAACAGGGGCUACGUCUAUCUGAACCUCGUCCGGCACGCCCAAUCCAAGGCGAACAGUCUAUAGCUGCAAUAUGGAUUACCAAUGCUGAAAAGGCCCGGCGAGCCGCAUACAAGGCCUUGAGCGAUUCAGGCUUUUGCAUCUGCGAGGAAUGGAUCUGGGUCAAGACUACGUGGGACGGACAACCAAUCUCCGCACUGGAUGGUGUUUGGCGAAAACCGUAUGAGAUCCUUGUCAUUGGCCGCAAGAGUGACCACAAUGCUACUGGCAAUGCUAAGGGACACAAUGCAUCGCCCCUGUCUGAAAUGGAUGAUCUGACACGAAUGAGUGAGGCUGUUACGAGAAGACGGGUCAUCGCUGCGGUUCCAGACUUGCAUUCCCGUAAACCGAACCUGAAAUCUAUCUUUGAGAAUGUGUUUUUCACGAAGGCGGGUCAAAUCCAGGAAUAUUCUGCCCUCGAGGUGUUUGCGCGCAACUUGACAGCUGGCUGGUGCGCUGCCGGUAAUGAGGUCCUCCGGUUCAAUUCCCGUGAGUGUUGGACCGACCUUGGGAGGUAG